AUGAAGUUCGGAGAACAUCUCCGAUCGUCCAUGAUCAAGGAGUACUACUGGUACUACAUCGCCUACGGAGACCUCAAGAAAGCCCUCAAGACCGGCUACGUCAGCGAACCCACCCCCGAAAACCCCAAACCCGAUCGCAAGCCAUGGACAGAAGACAACGAGAAGAGCUUCGUCUCGCUGCUGGAGAGUGAGCUGGACAAGGUGUUUAACUUCCAGAAGCUCAAGAGCGAGGAUAUCGUGCGGCGCAUCCAGGCCAGCGAGAAGGAUGUGGCGGAUGUUGUCUCGCGGCUGGAUAAUGCGAGUAAUGCGAGGAGGCAGAGUCUGCGGCCAUCGCAGCCGCCGCCCUCGGAUGAGGAUUUCCUGCUGUUGGAGCAGGUGCUGAGUGACAUCAUUGCCGAUGUACAUGAUCUGGCCAAGUUUACGCAACUGAAUUAUACAGGGUUUCAGAAGAUUAUUAAGAAGCAUGAUAAACAAACGGGAUGGCAUCUCAAGCCGGUUUUUGCCGCCCGACUCAAAGCCAAGCCUUUCUUCAAGGACAACUACGAUGCAUUCGUCGUGAAGCUUUCAAAGCUCUACGACCUGGGAGAUUCCGCGGCUGGUGGCUCGCAGCAGAACUUUGUCCGCCAGACCACUAAAUAUUGGGUUCAUCCGGACAAUAUCACCGAAUUGAAGCUGAUCAUUCUCAAGCACCUUCCCGUUCUUGUCUUCAAUGCCAACAAGGAGUUUGAAGAAAAGGAUGCCGCCAUCUCAUCCAUCUACUUUGACAACACUAACACAUGGGAGCUAUACGAGGGUCGUCUGAAAAAGACUGAAGAGCAGAGGCCAUUCGACUUCGUUGACUGGACCGGUGAAAAGUCGGUCAAGGCGCGUUUCUCGCUCAAGGAAAAGCAUGUCAACGCCUAUCUAUCCGGUCGCAUGACGGUCGAGAGCAUUUUUGAGAAGAUGCGCAGAGAAGGAAAGAAGAGCGAACAGGAAAUCGCCGAUUUGGAACAGUUGGCGCGCGAAAUCCAGUACCGAGUCAUCACACGUCGACUGGAACCUGUUACCGGACCUUCUACCAUCGCACAGCUUUCCAGCUUCCGG